GUUUAGAGAGAGAGAGUGAGUUUGGCUGUACAAAAAAAAAUGUGUCGCUUUGUUUGACUUUUAAGUAAAAAAAACAGGAUUUAAAAGAGAAAAAAUGAUGAAAAUAAAAUUUUGUGUAGCUUAUUUUCUUGAGAGGAAAUUCUGUGUCUGGAGUGAGGAAUUUCCAUAAAAAUCAUGGAUUUGUACUAGUUUUUGGGGAGAUUAUUAAUUUAAAAAAAAAAUGGCCUCUGCGAAACCGGGCGUGCACAUUGUGCAGCUCAAACCCGUGAGUGUCCCCAAGUACAUGAUCGAUGGGGAAAAGUUCAUCAAGUGGGAGGAGGAAACCUCCACCCGAGAGGCCGUGACGCUGAAGGUGGACGAGAAUGGAUUUUUCCUCUACUGGGUCUCUCCCGUGAAGGAGACGGACCUGGUGGACAUUGCCACGAUCCGCGACACCCGGACGGGCCGAUCAACCCGGCUUCCUCGAGAUUUAAAAUUUCGCCAACAGAUCAAUUAUGGAUCUUUAGAUAGCUUAGAAGACAAGACUUUAACCGUCGUCACUGGACCCGACUUUGUCAACCUCACCUUUUUUACCUUCUCCUGCGAAAAUAAGACUCUUGCGAAGCAAUGGUCCACGGACCUCCUGAAACUAUCCACGAACCUGCUCCAGCUAAACUCCCCCGUGAUGUCCUUUCUCAAGAAAAUCCACACCAAGUUAAUCCUACUCUCGGAUAAAGAAGGGAAAAUCCAGUUGAAAUCUAUCGUCAAAACGUUUACUUCGAAUAAGGAGGAUAAAAAAAGGGUGGAGAAGGCAGUGGUGGAUGCGUUGGUCACGGGAGGGGGUCUCGAUAAGGAAACAAUCCCGGUGGAGCAUUUCCCCUUCCACCCCGUCUUUUUCAACCUCUACAUCAACCUCACCUCCCGUUCUGAAGUAGAAAUAAUAUUUUCCAAACUGGGCUCCAACCCGACACAUCUAACCGCGGAGGAAUUUAUGGAAUUUAUAAACCGUGAACAGCGUGAUCCACGAUUAAACGAGAUUUUGUACCCCUACGCCACGCCGGAUAAAGCGAAGGAAUUAAUUGAUAAUUACGAACCUCUGGAGGAUCAUAAGAUGAAAGGGUGGCUCAGUUUUGGGGGGUUUUUGCGGUACAUACUCUCCGAGGAUAAUGCGGUGGUUUCCUAUGAGAAAUAUGAUCUUUCCGAUGACAUGGAUCAGCCAUUGUGUCACUACUUUAUCAACUCUAGUCAUAACACUUAUCUCACCGGCCACCAGCUCACGGGAAAAUCCUCCAUCGAGAUGUACCGCCAAGCCCUCCUGGCUGGGUGUCGUUGUGUGGAAUUAGAUUUCUGGAACGGUGGGAGGACAGAAGAACCCGUCAUCGUGCAUGGCUACACUUUGGUCCCGGACAUCCCUGCCAAAGACGUGAUUGAGGCCAUCGCAGAGUCUGCUUUUAAAACUAGCGAUUAUCCUGUUAUUUUGUCCUUUGAGAACCAUUGCAAUCCUAAGCAGCAGGCGAAGAUUGCCAAUUACUGUAGGGAGUUCUUUGGGGAUAUGUUGUUGGAGGGGGUUCUGGAGGGGUUUGAAUUAACGACCGGAACGCCCCUCCCCCCGCCCUCCCUCCUAAAACACAAGAUAAUAAUAAAGAACAAAAAGAAGCACCAUCACCACCACCAUCAGAAGAAACCUGCAUCCGCCGCCGCUCCCACCGUGGUGGAAACUCCCGCAGCAGCAGUGGAAGACUAUUCAGACAGCGAAUCGGAAUCGUCAUCAUCGGAGGACUCGUUAUUAGAACUGAAUAAGGAAACGCCCAGUUCGGACUCUGGCACGGCGGGGAAGGAGUCCGAGGCUGGGGCGGAAAUCUCCGCGCUGGUGAAUUAUGUCCAGCCCGUGCAUUUUUACUCUUUUGAAGCGAGUUUGGCCCGCAACAAAUCCUACGAGAUGUCCUCCUUCGACGAGCGUCAAGCGAUGACCCUGCUAAAAGAACGCCCCACAGAAUUCGUCAACUACAACAAGCACCAGCUCUCUCGGGUCUAUCCCCGCGGGACCCGGGUGGACUCGGCCAAUUUCAUGCCCCAAUUGUUCUGGAACGCGGGGUGUCAGCUCGUUGCUCUCAAUUAUCAGACUUUGGAUUUAGCCAUGCAGUUGAACAUGGGGAUUUUCGAACUUAAUCGCAAGUGUGGGUUUUUACUCAAGCCGGAGUUCAUGCGGAGGAAGGAUCGCCAGUUGGAUCCUUUUGCUGAAAGUACCGUGGAUGGGAUCAUCGCGGGGUGUGUGGGGAUUAGGGUAAUAUCUGCUCAAUUCUUGACUACCAAGACGAGGACGGGGAGCUAUGUGGAGGCUGAAAUGUACGGCCUGCCCACGGACACGAUCCGCAAAAAAUUCCGCACCCGGCUCUCCACCCCCUCCCCCCCACCCUUGACCACGACCUCGUCCAUCACCUUCGACGACGACGAGUUCCUCUUUAAAAAAAUCGUCCUCCCAGAGCUCGCCCUGAUCCGGAUCGUCGCUUACGAAGACGGAGGGAAGCCCAUCGGUCACCGCGUCAUCCCCGUGCUCGGACUCCGCCCAGGAUAUCGUCACAUCGUCCUGAGGAACGAGUCCGGGCAACCGCUUAGUCUCCCCAGCGCCGUGUUUGUGCAUAUUUCUGUUAAGGACUAUGUGCCGGAUGGGCUUUGUGACUUUGCGGAGGCCUUGGCGAAUCCGAUCAAGUAUCAGAAUGAGCUGGAUAAGAGGAGUCGACAGUUGGAGGUGCUGAUCGGGGGGGAGACGGGAGAUGACGACUCCCCUCUCCACACUAAUACAAACACCACCAACAACCAAUCACAUUCCAUGGAUGAUCCACAACCCCAACUCCCCCCCAUCCCCUCCUCCCCCCUCUACACCAACCAAGCCACCACCUCUUCUAGCGCCUCGCUCCCCCCACCCCCACCUCAUCUCCAAUCCCGAACAAUGUCAAUAAAGAAAAAAGACACGGCGGAUUCGGUGUGUGUAUCCAACCCACCGCCGCCCCUGCUCCUCGCCACUUAUGGGGUGGGAGGGGGGUCCACGACAUUCCAGGUGGAGACGCUGGAGGGGGUUCUCAAUGGGAAGAGUGUCAAAGAGAAGAUGGAUGGGUUAAAGAAGAAGUUGGAGGGGUUGAGGAAGAGGGGAUCCAGUGGUGGAUCGACGAGUGGGUCAGCGGGUGGGUCGAGGAUUCUGGUGAAGAAACUGUCUAAAAUAGAGCUGAAUGAGAACCAGGAGAGGGACUUUGUGGAGAAGCAGGUGGAGGAGAUCCACAAAUCCCUUCAAAAACACCUAACAACCACCCAACAGAAGCAGCAACGCCUCCUCGCGACCCUCCGUGACCGUCAGAAAAACGAGAUAAUGAAGUGGAUCUACAGCUGGCGGAAGGACGAGUACCGUCGCCUCUCAAAACAAACCAGGGACAAGAACGAACUCGACCGUAUGAAACGUGAGGUGAACAACGUUCUCGUCGCGAAAGGCGUCGCUGAGAGGGAACGCGUGGAGAUUGAAUUUAAUGAAAUUGAAGGGAAAUUAGCGAAAGAUUGGGAGGCGCUGUUUAAAAAUGUGGAGGUCUGGAGGGGGAGGGUGGCUGGGGAGUUAAUGAUGGGUGGGGGAGUGCUGCGGGUGGGAGUUGCGGGAGUGGUGCAGUUUUGCUAAGUUAUAUUGAGAAAUGAUGAGCUGGUCUUAUGUAUUUUGAGGUUUUUUUAAAUGUAUUAAUUUUGGUGGAGAAUAAAAAUUGCGUGUUUAGAAGAGUGAGUAAA